AUGGGUCUCACCAUUCCGUCGCAAGAGGCGCUCAGGAACGCCUUCGGCUCGCCUGCCUCGCUGGCCAUGCAGAAGCAACAGCCCGCACAGCCGCCAAGGACCAAAUACCAGGCUCGACAAGAGCUGUACGGGACGUGGAGCGCGUCGGACAAAGCGCAUCAGCUCAGCGAUGCCGCGAUCAAGGAGUUCGAUAAGGCCAGCCACGCCGCCCAAGCCAAGGCCGGGGCAAUCGAGCUCUACUCGCCCAAAUACUACGCGGCGUGCACGUUCGGUGGUCUUCUGGCCUGCGGCCUGACUCACACGGCCGUGACGCCGUUGGACUUGGUCAAAUGCCGCCGCCAGGUCGACGCCAAGAUGUACAAGGGCAACUUCGAGGCGUGGGGCAAGAUCUCGCGCGCUGAAGGGUUCCGCGGCAUCUACACUGGCUGGGGCCCGACGUUCUGGGGGUACUCAGCUCAAGGUGCAGUAAAGUAUGGUGGCUAUGAAUUUUUCAAGCACUUUUACUCUGAUCUAGCUGGAGAGGAGAACGCGUACAAGUACAAGACUUGGCUCUACUUGUCUGCUAGCGCUUCUGCCGAGUUCUUUGCGGAUAUUGCGCUUUGCCCAUUUGAAGCUGUCAAGGUUCGCAUGCAGACGACUAUUCCACCUUUUGCUAAGACCACUCUGGGUGGAAUCAACACUAUCACCGGCAAGGAAGGGUUCGCCGGACUUUACAAGGGAUUGUACCCGCUAUGGGGGCGACAAAUCCCCUACACCAUGAUGAAGUUUGCGUCGUUCGAAACCAUCGUCGAGAUGAUCUACGGCUACCUCCCCGGCACGAAGCAGGACUACGGCAAGGGCGCGCAAACGGCCGUCUCCUUCACCGGCGGCUACAUGGCCGGUAUCCUGUGCGCCAUCGUCUCCCACCCCGCCGACGUCAUGGUCUCGAAGCUCAACGCGAACCGCCAGCCCGGCGAGGCGUUUGGCGCUGCCAUGGGCCGCAUCUACAAGGAUAUUGGCUUCGGGGGGCUCUGGAAUGGGCUCCCGGUGAGGAUUGUCAUGAUCGGUACUUUGACGGGCUUGCAGUGGAUGAUCUAUGACUACUUCAAGAUCUUCAUGGGUCUGCCGACGACGGGCGGUGCGCCUCCGCCGGCGGAGAAGGCCGCGGUCGCUGAUCAUUGA